AUGCGCGCGUCGUACGGCGCCGCGCCCGUCGGCGACGACGCGGAAAUCGACGACGCGUCCGACGCCCUCCUCGCGCGCGGCGCCGGUCGACGCGUCACGCGCGGCGUCGCGCUCGCCUUCGCCGCGGGAUGCCUCGUCGGAUGCCUCGCGCGCGGCGGACGCGGUGACCUCUCGCCGCUGUUCCUCGCGACGGCGCCGGCGACGCGCGCGCGCGCGGACGCGGCGACGCUGGGCGCGUUCAACCUGCCGGCGAUCUCGUGCCCGGAGUCGGAGGUGAUGUUCAAGACGUCGCUGCACGACGUGUACGGCUCGCAGGUUAGAGUGCAACUGCCGAAGGUGAAGAAGUGCGUGAUGAAGAAGUGCGUGAGUGUCGGAGGAAACUCGGUGAACGUGGAUAUGCCGAACGCGAAUAUUGACGUGCCCAUCAACCUGCCGGCGAUCGAUGGAUAUUCGUACUGCGGCGUGAAGGGGGUCGUCGACGCGCUGUCGAGCCCGACGGCGUCGAUCGAAACGGUGAAGACGGCGGCGUGCGAGUUGAUCGGUUCGAACUCCAAGGUUUGCGACGCGCUCGAUGACGUCGUCGACGCGGUGCUCGCGCUGCCGGACAUCGCCCGAGGCUUGCCGGACAAACUGAAGGGGCUGCUCGGGAUGGUGUGGGAUCCUUGGUUGAACCUGAGCGCAGACUCACUCUUGAGCAUGAUUCAAGGGGCUCUCGACGACGUCAUGGGUGGAUCUUCAGCCGCCACUCUCGGCUCUGCGCGGGGAAAAGACGGCGCUGACCGGGCCGCGUUCCUCGCGCAUCUUCGAGAAAACUUACGCAGAGCGUUUGCCGGCGAGGAGCUCAUCGAAAACUCGAGAGUUGAGGAAAUACAUUCUGACACCGCCGCGCUCGGACGUGUGUUUGGAUUUUGUCACGAGAUUCCGACACAACUUUGGUCGGACGUUGAAAGUCCAUCCCCUCCCAUGCCGUGGCCGGACAAGUUCGCGUCCGAUAAUCCGUACUCGCCGAACAAUUUGAAUAUCCGUACCCCCAAAUUCACGAUUGCGCUGUGUCAAACGCUCGACAAGUUUGACAUCCCGCCUAGCGUCGCUGUGAAGGUGAUUCAAGCGUUCUUGGGAAUGUUUGAUGCUAUGUUCGACGCCGUAUACGAAGCCUCCGGUGUCAAGGGAGUCGUUCAGCAGAUUGAAAAUUUUGGUGAGCAAAUUACUGGAAGAAAACUUCUCAGCGACGAUCAGCACGCCCUUUUGACCGAGCUCAAGCAAGAUUUAUCUUCGAAGGAACGCGUCUUCUAUGAAGAGCUCAUCGUUCUGCACGAUAUUUUCAACUCUGGCGACGGAUUCAAAUCAAAGAUGACGAGCCAACUGGGUGUGGCAUCCGCGCGAGCGCGCGGCGAGGCUGCGCUGGGUGGCGAUACGUUUGAAGAAGUUUUCAACGAUUUCCGCACCGAUCUCAUCGCGGCGUUAAACGACAUGAAGGAUGUGAGAAUCCAAGCUUCGACCACGCUCAAGUACAGUUUCUCCCUCGGCAUCGAGGUAGCCCAGCUUUCGUUUCGUGAAGGAGAACUACUUAGCGAGUUUUUCGAGCGUGACGACGCUCUCACUGGAACUAAAGUUACUGCAAUCGCUCCUGGUUUGUUCAUCGCCAUGGACUACGAAGCAGACUUUCGUCUUCCCUACUACUUUCGAGCCGAAGUCGCAGGAACUUACGAUUUCCAAGUGGACGUUGAAUUUCCAAUCACGGUUUCGUUCGGGGCCGGACAAGGGCAGAAUUUUGUCAGAUUCGGCGAGCCUCGGGUGUCGUCAACCAGCUCUCUUGAUGCGCGAGGUAUUGCUGGCUUGCAAGUCGGCGCUGUGGCGUCACUUGACCAUGCGUGGGUGGCACUUUGCGCUGGUGUCGUUUGCGCGGGGCCUGAAAUUGCAGCGCAACAAGACGUCUACACUGGUUUCGACGCGUUUUUCCAGAUCGAACAAUCAGGCGCAACUUGUCACGCAGGGCCCGAAUCGCUUACCGCGAUGUGGACAAACUGGGAUUACGCGUCAAACACGAAGAAUCAGUGUCAACGCAGCGCACUGGGCGCAGGCGCGUACGUGCAGAUCCCGAAGACGGUCGUCGGAGCCACGGUCGUUCUCAAACCGCUUCCGACUGAAAAUGAGCCGCCCCUAGGGAUGGAUCCAGUGAUAACUCUCUUCGACUUUGAACCACUUAUCGGCGAGGCAUAUAGCAGCGACGGGUACUUUCUCGAGAAAGAGCUCUUCCACGCCUGCUCAGCGCCUCAAAGUACAACCAAGCCGUCGUGCAGUCCAGCGUGCCAGUUCACAACGCCGGAGCCGAUUUCUGUUCCAUCGGCCUCUCAGAGCUUGGUGCAAGAGUUUAAGUUAUCAUUUUCUGGACUCAACAGCGACCGGAAAGAUCCCGUUGGCGACAUCUUCUCUCGUACGGCGACGUUCCACUUGAAGAAUGAUUGGGUCGAUACCGGCGUGAUCGGUAUCGACCUCGUACAUGGUUCAUAUGUCGUAGAGAUUUACAACGUCAACACACACUCGAAUGGCGGUGGCAACUGGAUCGAAUUUUAUACGGGUUUGAUGAGUUGGUACGCUCAAAAUACGAACGGCAAUCAAGUGAGUGAAAUAGAGCUUCACGCAUCCGGACACGCGUCAAAUGGUCAACGAGUCCGUCUUCGAACGCUCGAAAGUUUGAGAUCAGACCAAGGUCUUUUGCGAUUACAAGCGAAGGUGGAUGGAGGGACGACAAAAAAUAUCGCUCAGUACAUUUUUAAGUUCCGCCGCGUUAUGCCCAAUCCUCAGAGGACACAUCCAAGCGGCGGCAUUCCUCCGAAGAACGAAAUGGACGAUUUGUCGCAUUUUCCGGUCAGCGUAUCAACCGUCCCCAACGAGUGGGUGGACACGGGUAUACACGGUGAUCAUCUGUCCACGGGCUCUUAUUUCGUUCAGAUCGCGCACGUAUCCACUCACGGGAACGGCGGAAAUUUGUGGCACGUGUCUUACGUCGGUUUGAUGUCUUGGUACGGUUCUGGAACGAACUCGGAUGACGCCAACGAGAUCCAACUACAUGCAUCGGGCCACGGCCAAAAUAACAAGUAUAUAAAGCUUCGAACGAAGCGAUCGUGGCGCACAGCUGGCACGAACCUCAGAUUGCAGCUCCUCACGAACGAAGAUCUUGACUCACGGCAGACGUUUCACAUCUGGUUCCGUCGCGUGUUUCCCGCGCAGGCGUCGUCGAGCAUGCAUAUUCCGGCAAACAUUAUCGGAACAGCCGUCGACAGAGUGAAACUGCUCGAGGUAGAUCUCACACUUACCACGUCCUGGCAAAAUAUCUGGGGUUUCAAUCACGCUUUGGACAUGGCGGACGAUUCUGGCGGGAGCUUUGUUGUACAAAUUCUGCCCACGACCACAAACGACUCGUGCGGCGGCGGGCUCUGGUCCGAACUUGCGACCGGCAUCAUCUCCUGGUACGACGGACAAACAAACGACAAUAGCGCAAACGUUGUUCGUCUCCAUCAAGCUGGUCACGCGAGCAGCGGCAACUUUUUCGAGCUACGAACAAUUCGAACGGGGAGAACAGCCAACAUGGACAUGUUUUUCCAAAUCCGGUUGACGAAGACGUCCUCGACGUGCGCCACCAGUCUGAAAUUCGCGUUCCGGCGUCUCGUGUAG